UUUAUAUAACAUAAACACAUAGUUAUAAGAAAAAAUAAGAAGAAUCUUUUAAAAACAAUUUAUGAAAAAGGUUUCUGGUUGCUUGACAUGCAAGUUAGGUCUGCAUUAGCAAGUUGACCUUAUCAAAUGAAGGGUCUAUUAAAAGGAUUGAGGUAUAUUGCUCGCAUCUUCGGUGAGUUCACUUAUCAAUUUAUUAAUACAUGUCUAUGUAUAGUCAUCAUGAAAUCAGAUUUUAAAAACUUUUACAAAAAUUGCUGAGGAUAAUAAGGAACCAGAGAUGCAGAUUGGAAAACCGACCGAUGUGAAACAUGUUGCUCAUAUAGGAUGGGAAGGGCCCUCUGCCACAACCCCAAGCUGGAUGCAUGAUUAUAAGUCUCCAGCGGCUGAGGAAAAAGGAAGUUCCAACAAGAAACCCCGGGAGAAGCAAAAGAAAAAGGGGAGGCGUAAAGCAUCCACAGGCACAAACAACUCACCUGCAGAGUCUCCAUCAAGGGUAGGAGGUUCAACAAGGCCAUCAAGACGAAGCACGGGUAAGCAGAGAGAGCAGAGCACCGGUUCAGGAUCGGAGUCAGGUUCAGGGUUAGACUUAGCUCAACAGAAUGAUCAGCCUGUGGGACAGAAACAGUCGCGGCAGAAGAAGUCAAAAGGAACAACAGGAGGAGGAGGAGGAUCGUCUGUUGGGCCUGCAAAGACAAAAGAAACAGAUAUAUCCGUGCGUGCAACUAUUCCUUGUGUGGGAGGUCUUGGAAGUUCUACAGGAAGAUAAGAGAUGAGAAAAUGAGAGUUUUUUCUUCAAGUUUAGACUAGAGUGGUGGUUUUGUUUUUCAUCUCAUAAUCUACACACUUUU